AUGGCAGGCCUUCAAAACCCCCAGAGCAGCAGGCAGACCAUUUUAGACAGUUUUAAUUCAGACAGAGAUUUUGCGAAUGCUCUUACCAGUUUUUAUGUUCGUUUUAAUUCUUUUGAUUUUAGUGAAGACAUUUUAGAGCUGAAACAGGACCUGAAGGACACGCUGCACUUUACCAUUGAACUGAGUGAUGUCACAAAGGUCUUCAGUUCUGUGAAGAGGAACCAGAGCCAGGGUCCUGACAGCAGCAGUGGUGGUCUGAUUAAAUCCUGUGCUGACGAACUCAGUCCUGUAUUUCAGAUUAUUUUUAAUCAGUCCUUGCAGACACAGCAUGUGCCCACUCCCUGGAAGGAUGCUGUGGUGGUCCCUGUCCCUAAGUCCAGCCGUCCAAAAACUUUAAAUGACUUCAGGCCUGUCGCUCUCACCUCAGUAGUUCUGAAAGUCUGUGAGAAACUGGUUCAGUCUGUGAUUCUAAAGGAAACUGAACAUGAGCUGGAUCCGGUGCAGUUCACAUCCAGGCCCAACAGAGGAGUGGAAGACGCCACACUGACUCUGUUCAACAGGAUUUUUAAACAUGUGGAGAGUGCGGAUGCCGCUGGUUACCAUAGCAACAGCAGCCUCUCCCGGCAUGCAGCAGUAGCAGCGGAGCCCCGCCCCUCAGAGCGGACCGGACCGGACCGACACCAGGGAGGAGCAGCAGACCGACAGAAGGACGGACGGACGGACGGACGGACAGGAGGAGCAAUGAUGGACGCAGACUCCGCCCCCCUGGCAGAUGGUUCUGCACAGGAAGCAAAGAGGAUGAUGGGAGAAAAAGCAGCUGAUGAUUCCAUGAAACCCUCCAGGUCAGCAGGAGGCAGAGUGGCCAAGAUGAUGCCUGCCAAGAGUACAGAAUCUGUGGAUGGUUCCUUCAGUCCAGGCACUCUCUCACCCUCCAGUCGAUCGUCCACACCCAAUAGAGACGUCAAAAAGGUGGCUGUGGUCCGGACUCCUCCCAGGUCUCCUGGUUCUGUUCGUGGGCGGACCCCCCCCCUUCCCUCCCACCCCAUGCCCGACCUCAGCAACGUCAGGUCAAAGGUCGGCUCAACGGAGAACCUCAAACACAUACCAGGAGGAGGAAAGGUUCAGAUCGUCAGUAAGAAGUUGGACCUCAGUAAUGUAACGUCCAAAUGUGGUUCCAAAGACAAUAUCCACCACAAACCAGGUGGAGGGAAGGUAGAGGUGAAGUCUGAGAAGUUGGAGUUUAAAUGUGUUCAGUCCAAAGUGGGUUCACUGGAGAACAUCAGCCAUGUUCCAGGAGGAGGGAAGAAGAAGAUUGAAAGUCAGAAGUUGACAUUCAGAGAAAACGCCGAAGCUCGAACUGACCACGGCGCCGACAUCGUCAUCCAGUCUGACUCCUCCUCCCAUCGCCUUAGGAACACUUCCUCACCAGGAAGCCUUAAUGCGGCUGAAGCUCCGCCUCUUGACACCCUGGCCGACCAGGUCUCCGCCUCUCUUGCUAAACAAGGCCUGUGAUUGGAUGAGCUCUGUGCCUGCAGACCCCGCCCCCUCUCAUUACCACAGAAAGCACUAGAAGGAAAAACAAAAGCUCAUUCCACUUUUUCUUCUUCACUGGAUUUAGAGAUGUUUUAUGAAGACAAAGAAAGCCUGAAGCCACCAAUCACAGCCCAGUCUGACAGCCAAUCACAACCCAGUGUGACAGCCAAUCACAGCCCAGUCUGACAGCCAAUCACAACCCAGUGUGACAGCCAAUCACAGCUCAGUCUGACUAACGAACCUGAAUUGGGGGAUUAGCCUGUUAGUCUCUUCAUAAAAUUCCUGCGAUCACAGAACUUUCUUUUCGUGAUGUCAUCUCUCAGAGCCACUCACCAUCUUCUCUGUGUUUCUGAAUGUGCUGUAACCCCACCCCCUCUAUGGAAACUUACCCAGAAUGCAGUUUGAUACCUGGUGCCAAAACAAACUGUCUCUGCCUGUCAUUAAACUGCUUUGUACCAAUAAAGAUUCUCCGAAUCACAA